AUGGAUAGAUUGAAGAGAUGUAAAGUGAGCCUCCAAGGUUGGAAUUGGAGAGUAUUCGGGAACGUGAAUAGAGUGUUGAAGCAAAAACAGGAGAGAUUACAACAAUUGGAGGGUCUUAAUUGUUUGCACGAGAAGGCGGCAAAGAUUCAAGGGCUAAGAAAGAAGAUUAAUGAGAUGUUAACCAGAGAGGAGAUUAUGUGGAAUCAAAGUUCCAGAGGCUCUUGGAUUAAGUGGGGGGAUCGCAAUACAAAGUUUUUCCACGACACGGUAAGUCAAAGACUAAGGCGAAACAAAAUAAUAGGUAUACAGGGGGCCGAUGGAGCUUGGCAGGAGAAUCAGGAAGAUAUUGAAAGCACCAUUCUUGGGUACUUUGAGACGAUCUUCGAGAUAGAUCAUCCAUCUCAGUUCGACGCAAGUCUGGGUGCUAUCGACCAAAGGGUUACCCAGGAUAUGAACGAAAAUCUUGUGGCAGAUUUCAAGGCAGAGGAGAUUAGGCGAGCUUUCAACCAGAUGCAGUCCAUAAAGGCACCCGGGCCAAACAUGCUUGCAAAUAGGCUUAAAAAUAUCCUGGUUGAGAUUACCGAUGAGUCCCAAAGUGCCUUUGUACCGGGUAGGCUUAUUUUGGAUAAUGUCUUGGUGGCAUUUGAAACGAUGCACAGUAUAGAUCAGAAGAGAAAAGGGAAGGAAGCGUUCAUGGCGGUUAAGCUCAACAUGAGCAAAACCUAUGAUAGGGUUGAAUGGGCGUACUUGAAGGCCAUGAUGAGGAGGAUGGGCUUUAAUGAAAGGAAGGGGAAGAGAAAAGCUUUCAAUCGAAUAAAAGACCAAGUUGGAAGGCAUAUAGCUAGAUGGAAAGGUAGAUUGUUGUCUAAUGCUGGUCGGGAGGUGCUCAUUAAGGCCGUGGCCCAAGCCACACCCACGUAUACAAUAAGUUGUUUCAAGCUCCCAGACUCACUUUGUAAUGAGCUAAACUCUAUGAUGAGCAACUUUUGGUGGGGACAAAAAUAUAAGGAGAGGAAAAUGGUGUGGAUGUCAUGGAAGAAGAUGUGCACAACGAAGGAAAAAGGCGGAAUGGGCUUUAGGGACUUGAAAGCUUUUAAUUUAGCACUCCUCGCUAAGCAAGGAUGGAGGAUCUUGACAAAUCAGAACUCUUUGGUUCAUAGAAUCUUUAAGGCAAAAUAUUUUGCGAAGAAUACCUUCUUGGAAGCCGAGUUGGGUAGAAGGCCUUCCUAUGCUUGGAGGAGCAUCAUGGCAGCAAGGAAAAUAGUUGGAAAGGGAGUGAGGUGGGCUAUUGGCAAUGGGGUGAAGGUGAGCAUUUGGGAUGACCAGUGGCUUCCAACCCCGGAAGCUUUUAAAGUAGUAAGUCCGAAACCCCCUCAGCCCAAGGCUGAAGUAGUGGCAGAGCUUAUAAACAUUGAUAGGCGAAGCUGGGAUGUUGCAAAAAUUAGGAGAAUGUUCCUUCCCCAUGAAGCCAAUCUAAUGGGAGCAAUGAGCAAAAAGUGGGAUUUUCCCCUGAAAGCAUUGGGAGUGGAGGCCAAAGCAAUUGAGGAAAGUAUUAUUUUUGCAAGGGAACUAAGCCUAAAGAAGGUAAUUUUGGAAAGUGAUGCCCAGGUUGUUGUUAAAUCCCUGAUAGAGAAAAGCAUGGCGCCAAGCUCUAUUAUUAUGGUGAUUGAAGGAGCAAAGUUGAGCCUACGUGGUUUUGACUCAUGGGUAGUCAACCACAUUUGCAGAAAUUAG